AUGUCCGCCAAAGCCAAGCCCGAGGGCCUUCUGGGUCUUUCUAACACCGAGCAAAAAAUCCUCCUCUUGAGCAUCCUCUGCACCGAUGAGACGAACAAACUGGACCUCGAAAAACUCGCCCAGUAUGGCGGAUACAAGAACUCCGCCUCAGCCAGCACUACUUACCGCAACGCCAAGCGCAAGCUCAGCGACUACAAGCCCGAUCAACCCACCUCUGCGGAAGCGUCUACAGCCAAUACCCCCAAGAGAGGGCGCCCCAGCAAGAAGGCCAUUGCCGCCGACCCACCCGCCUCUACUGAGCCUGAAUCCGCGGAGGCAGAGGAAGCGACGCCAGCACCUAGGGCCAAGCGCCAGCGUGGCACCAAGAAGGGCAUCGCGCGAAAGGUCAACAAAAACUCGUAUGACGACGAAGACUCCGUUAGGACUGAGCCCAGUUCCCCCGAGACCGUCAUCAGGAAGGAAGAGGAUGUCUCGAUCAAGGAGGAGUCCCCUAUCAAGACGGGGGAAAUUGUUGUUAUCAAGCAGGAAGAGGGGGGUAAGUACGAGUGCAAGUCUGAGGACGAGACUCCCAUGACCUGUGAGGAACUCGAUGCUGAGCUUGACGCUAUGGACAAGGCCAGCCAGGAAGAUAUCAAGGCCAAGGUUGAGGAUGAUGCUUAG